CAAACUUAAACUUGUAAACAUUUAUAAAUUGUCAUAUAUCUCUCUACCUCUCGCAGGAUCAAACAACAAAAAAGAAGAAGCAAAAGAUGGGUAAAGCAAGAGGAGUAAAUAGUGGUGUUCAUCAAAGCUCUCUCGGUUAUCUCUUUGGUCCUUCCGGGGAUUCUCCUUCCUCUGCCGCUGCAACAUUGGGGACCACAACCACGACAACCACGACAACCACAACAGACGGAACCGGAAGAAGACCAGUUACGACCACGACCACCACCAUCACUGAUAAUAAUAAUAGAUUAGCUGCAGGUGUAAGAGGAAGUCCUAAUAAUUACUUCAGAUCAGAAGGCCAAAACUCUGGAAACUUUCUCACGGAGAGGCCUUCUACUAAGGUUCGUUCAGCUCCUGGGGGAGUAUCAUCUCUUGGCUAUCUCUUUGGAGGACUAAAUGAUGCUGAUUCUGUUAAGAAAUGAAGUUGCUUUCAUGGCUUUCCCACAAUUCAAGAUUUGUAAAAAACAUCAAAUGUACAUUUCCAUAAACAUGGUUGUGAUUCAUUACGUGCUUGUAGAAACCUUAAAACAAUGUUUUUCUUGACAAAAUUUC